GUCAUGGUCAACGGCAUGCCGGGUCCGAUGGCGACAGCCGCUGCCGAAGCCUGUUUGCGCAAAGGCCUGCAACUCGCGCCGGUCGCCAUGACGGGCCCGGACGUGGAAGCGUCCACCUUUAUCGUGACCGACACCGUCACGGGAACGUCUUCCUCCGUCCGAUUGGUGCCCUCCUCGGAUACGGAAGAACUCGUCAGCGCCGUCGCUGGUAUGCAGACCGCCAGUGAACGCUUACUGGCGAUCGACUACACACAUCCUUCAGCCGUCAACGGCAACGCCAAAUUUUAUGUCGAGCAGAAUAUCCCGUUUGUCAUGGGAACCACCGGAGGUGAUCGGGACGAACUCAUGAAAGACGUGGAGGGACAUUUUUGCGUUAUAGCACCCAACAUGGGCAAGCAGAUUGUAGCCAUGCAAGCGGCACUGGAGGAUUUGGCUAACAAGUACCCGUCGGCGUUUGAAGGCUACCAGCUGGAGGUCGUCGAAUCGCACCAAAAAACCAAAGCCGAUACGUCGGGAACCGCCAAAGCAGUCAUUUCGUCAAUCAAAACAUUGGCGGGUGACGAAAAGUACAGUAACGAUGACAUUAAAAUGAUCCGUGACGAAAAAGAGGCCUUGGCCUUUGGUGUUCCCGAAGACGCCAUGAUGGGACACGCUUUCCAUACCUAUACUCUCACCUCCCCUGACGGGAGCGUAUCCUUUCAACUUCAACACAAUGUGGCCGGAAGGACGGUUUAUGCCGAAGGAACAGCCGAUGCUGUCAAGUUCUUGGCAAAAAAGAUGAAAACAGAAAAGAUACCGCGAGUCUUUAAUAUGAUCAAUGUUCUCGAAGAGGGG